AUGCCCGAGUUUGGCGUGAUCACAAAACAAGAAGAGAGCCGAAGAAAAGGGUUCGACAACCAAAGAGCCAAGAGGAACUCGAGUAAGAACUUUAGCGUUUUUGGUACACGUGUAAACCAAGGAAAUAAAAACGACAAGAGUACCCAGUUUAGCCCAGAGACAUUCGGAGAAAGGACCGCAGUCAUCAGCACAAGAUGUCCUGUUUUCACUGCCAGAAAGACGACCACUCUCUUAACGACUGUAAAGACUUUCUUGCGUUUGACUUUGAUAAUUGAAAGACAUUUCUGAGAGAAAACCGAAUAUAUGUUUCAACUGCUUAGAAACGAUGAAUCACAUCGCAAAGAAAUGUGACCAGAAAAAACCUGAAUGUGCAACAUGUGCCCAGAGACACUCAACAGCUUAGCAUGAUCCACAACAACAUCCCAGUGAACCCAAGACGGCCACAAAAUGCACACAAGUUUGUAGCUAACACCAGACUACCAAAUCAUGUGCCAAGAUUGUACUCGUGUGGCUUUGUCACCCCUCCGUCCCAGGUAGAGAAGUCCUCACCUAUGCCCUGCUGGACGACCAAAGUAAUGCGGUCCUUGUUAAGGAAUCUGUCUUUGAGAGACUCGUAAUCGAAGCAUCCCCUACUAAUAUAAAAGUCUCAACAGUCUUAAGCAAAGACCAACUUAUCGUCAGUUAUCGUGUACGGGACCUAGAAGUCUCAGACUACCACCACCAGAAGUCAAUACGUUUAUCCACUGCCUACAUCCGGGAUGACCUCCCUUCAGAUGACAGUGAUAUCCCAAAAAGAAGAGCAGCUAGUCAAUGGGAUCAUCUGAAGGACAUCGCGAAACAUAUUCCAGAACAACGCAAAGUAGAAAUAGGCUUUGAUCGGCCGAAAUGUCCCGCAAGCAAUGAAAACCAGAGAAGUAGUAAAUGGGAAAGAUGACGAACCAUGGGCAGAACGCUAUGACCUGGGAUGGACAAUAAUAGGUGAUGUAUGCAAAGGCCCCGAGGGAAAUGACAGCGACAAGACAUUCAAGAUCAAUAGAAUCGUUAUACGUGAUAGUGCAACGACAAAAGAAAUUUAUACACCCUCGGACGUGCAACGAAUGAUGGAGCUUGACUACUCUGAAAGAAAAGCAGAGCGUGAAGACAACACAAUCCAUUCUGUCGAAGACCACAAGUUCUUACAGAUCCUUGAAGAAGGAAUCAAGAAAGAUACAGACGGGCGUUGGGAAAUGCCGCUGCCCUUUAGAGAUAAGACCCCCCUCCAUCUACCAGAUAAUCGUCCACAUUGUCUCAGAAGGAUGAUGUCUCUGAAAAGAAAGUUUGAGAAAGAUCCAAAGUUGUUUAAGGAUUAUUCAGAAUUUAUGGAAAAGAUCAUUUCCAAGGGACAUGCAAGCAAGGUUGAAGACAGCGCACAUGAAUUCCAACCCAGUCAAACAUGGUACCUCCCUCACUUUCCAAUCUAUCAUCACCAGAAGCCAGAUCAAAUCAGGGUUGUCUUUGACUGCAGCGAUACAUUUGAAGGAGAAAGCCUCAACAAACACCUCCUCCAAGGGCCAGACCUGAUGAAUAAGCUUAUAGGAGUUCUUACCAGAUUUCAGCAAGAAGAAAUUGCCGUAACGUGUGACGUGGAGCAGAUGUUUCACAACGUCAUGGUAACUGAAGAGCACAGAGAUUAUCUUCAUUUCUUGUGGUUUCAAGAAGGUGACAUGACUAAGCCCAUCAAGCACCUGUUCGGAGCAGUAUCCAGUCCAGGAUGCGCUAACUUUGGUCUUCGCAAAACAGUGCAAGACGGUGAAAGUGAAUUCGGGAAAGACAUCGCGAAUUUUGUACGAACUGAUUUCUAUGUGGACGAUGGAUUAAAAUCUGUGAAGACAACAGGAGAUGCUAUCAAUCUUAUCACGAAAUCACAAGCAAUGUGCGCAAAAGCGGGUCUCUGUCUUCACAAGUUCGCCAGUAACUCUGUCGAAGUCCUUGAAGCUGUGCCAGCCGAGGACCGUGCAAAAGAGAUAAAAGAUCUCGAUCUACGUCAUGACACCCUCCCGAUUCAAAGAUCACUCGGUACAUAUUGGUGUAUAGAGUCGGACACGUUCCAGUUUAGAAUAACGUUAAAGGACAAACCCUUUACACGCCAAGGCAUUCUGAGUACGGUCAGUUCGGUUUACGAUCCACUUGGAAUCGUAUGUCCAGUAAUUCUCACCGGGAAACUGCUCUUGAGAGAACUAGUUCAACAGAAAGCUGAUUGCGAUGAUCCAGUACCUGAAGAGAUUCGCCCACGUUGGGAGAAAUGGAGAGCAGAAUUGAAAGACUUAGAAAAACUGGAAACGCACUGUUGUUUGAAACCGCCAAGCUUUGGAGAAGUAAAGUCUACGGAGAUACAUAGCUUCGCCGAUGCCAGUCAGUCCGCAGUGGGAUAA